CCUCCCAGGUGUCUGCCUUUUGGAAGGCGCCCGCCGGGUCCCCGAGAUUUGUCCAACUCAGUGGUCCUGCGGACCGACCGGCCUCUUGUCCCUCCGCGGUCGCCGGCUUGGAGCGAUGGAGGGCGUCCCUCGGGAGAACGCCCCGGAGUCCAGCCCCUCCGUCCCCGGCUCAGAAGAGCCCGCGGGCUCGGGCAGGGACCCCGAGGGGUUGCCCCCCGAGGGAUCGGAGGACUGCGCCCGGCCCCUGGGAGCGGCUCCCAAGAAACUCUGUGGGUAUCUAAGUAAGUUUGGCGGCAAAGGGCCCAUCCGGGGCUGGAAAUCCCGCUGGUUCUUUUACGACGAGAGGAAAUGUCACCUGUAUUACUCGCGGACCGCUCAGGAUGCUAACCCCUUGGACAGCAUUGAUCUCUCCAGUGCGGUCUUUGACUGCAAGGCGGACGCUGAGGAGGGGACUUUUGAAAUCAAGACGCCUAGCCGGGUUAUUACCCUGAAGGCCGCCACCAAGCAAGUGAUGCUGUACUGGCUUCAGCAGCUGCAGAUGAAGCGCUGGGAGUUCCACAACAGCCCGCCUGCACCUCCUGCCGCCCCUGACGCCAGCCCGGCUGGGAAUGGGCCCUCCCUGCACGACGAGCUAGGGCAAGAGAAGGUGGAGGUGGAGGAGUUCCUGUGCCCUGUGAAAACGCCCACUGGGCUUGUAGGUGUGGCAGCUGCCAUGCAGCCAGUCCCUGCCAUGCCCUUGGCCCUCCAGAAUAUUUCCCUCAAGCACCUGGGAACUGAAAUACAAAACACGAUGCACAACAUCCGUGGCAACAAGCAGGCCCCAGGAACGGGCCAUGGAGCUCCAGGGGAAGAUUCUCCACAGAGCGUGGAGUCUCAAAGGGAGGAGCAGCCCUCGGCCCAUGACCCCGGCACCCCAGGGAGAGAGCCAGAGGAUUCUCCAAAGUCUGCACCCAAGUCCUCUUUGACCAUCAAUCUCGGUCAGAAAGCCAAGCGUCAGAACAACACCUUCCCACUGUUUUCCGAAGGACUCAUGCGGAACCGCACUGCUCAGGAGAAAGUGGUGGCCCUGGAGCAACAGGUUCUGAUGCUCACCAAGGAGUUAAAGUCCCAGAAGGUGAGCUCUGGCCCAGGGAGGCCCCGGGCUCCAGUGAACCCCUCGGAUCUGGAGCCUUUUGGACAAGCGAGCUACAAUGCGUGA